CAAUGGAUUUUCUGUAUUGGGAAUGGAAUUGGCAGAAAAUUGCCCAUCCCCUAAACGACUAUCAUUUACGUUGGAUUGGGUAGUAAAGCAAAAAGAAGGCGGGAUUGUGUUUCCUUCAACGGGAUGUUCUAAAGUCAACCAAUUACAUCGGACGGUGUGAAUUCAAAUGGGUGUGGUGUCUGCAGCGAAACCAGUGUGAACGCGCGGAUUGGUACAUACAAAUGCAAGUCAUAUGAAUAAAGAGAACACCUCCCGCCUACCAGUCAUGUCUGGUAAAAAAAAAGUCCUCCUCUAGCAACAGCAGUGAAAGCAUGAACUCUGACCAACAACCUGUUCAGGUGUGGCUAUCUUCUGCAAAACUGUAAUACAGGCACUGAUGACAAACAUGUUAAAUUCCUUUAUACAUCACAAACAGUUAGAUGUGUUCGGUUUCCAGUGUGUCCUUAUUUACCAGUAAAAAAAAAAGCCUCCUUUAGAAAAAGAUGCGAAGGGUUGAUUCUGACCCAAAGAUGAGACAGGCAGUUAAUGCAAUGGGAACAAAGAGGCCCCUUCCACCCAAGCGAGCUGCUAGUGAGUGGUCCUCUCAAACACUUAAUUUAAUGGCUUGGCCAAUGUCAUCACCUCUUGUUUCUUAUAGUUUUAGCACAGUCUUUCUGUAAUUCCUGUAUGUGUUUAUUUUUUAUUUUUAUUAGGUCUCUUGCUCCUUCCCUUCCUCUCUCUUAGCAGUCAAACUGAUUCGGCCUACAAGAGCAGCCACUAUAGCUGCUGCUCCGUCUAGAGCCACUAUGAGCAGGAGCUGGCUACCCUGUCUGGCGUCAAAGAGCAGCUGACCAUUGUAGCCAGUGAGAAGGUCUCCCUGGAGAAGACCUUAUGCAACCUCACUGAGGAGCACAACGUUCUUCUAGGCUUGAGAAAGAGCAUGGAGGCCGAGCUUCACAAUGUGCAGGUCGAGCAUCAUCUUCUGUGGAUUUUUAUGGCAGACUACAAGCCAAAAAGCUCUUUGCAGGGCUCCACUCUUUCCCGUUGCCAGACCACCCUGAGGGAGACCCAGGACAUGGUCCGCAACCUGGAGGAGAGACUGUGAUGUUUGGGCCCUCCACACGGCAACAGGAUGUGUUUGAGGAGAUUUCCCUCCUGGUGCAGUCAGCCCUGGACGGCUACAACGUCUGCUGCUUCGCUUACAGACAGUGGCAAAAGCUACACCAUGGAGGGGGGGGAGAGAAGGAGGACAUGCGUGGGGUCAUCCCCCGGGCCGUGCAGCAGAUCUUCCAGGCCUCCAAGAAAUUGCGGGAGCAGGGAUGGGAGGUCUGCAACCUGAUCGCACUGGCCAACCAGAAUCGAUCCACAGCCCGGACUAACAUGAAUGACCACUCCUCGCACUCGGUGUUCCAGCUCGACAUUGAGGGCGAGAACUCUGGAAGAGACGUCACGUGCAAAUCCUCUCUGUGUUUGGACCUGGCUGGCAGUGAGCAGGUGCAGAAGAGCCAAUCCCAAGGGUACCACUUCAGUGAGAUGACAGCCAUCAACUGCUCCUUGACCAACCUUGGGAUUGUUAUCGCCGCGCUGACCAAUAAGGAGAGCUUUAUCCCGUACAGAAACUCAAAAGCUGACGUAACUCCUCCAAAGCUGCCUCGGAGGAUUGAGUGUGGUUGUCUGUACAUUGUGAUUUUUAAACUCAUGCCCUUGUAUUGGUUGCUUCAUUUCAUAUUAUUCAUUUUUAAUCAAUUGGAUCCGAUGUACAAAGAUCAAUAAAAGCUCAUUUUGUAA